ACAAUCCAAAAAUCUCCGCAACAAUGCUGCAUCGCGUGCUCCCCGUUCUGUUGGCCUCUUUACCUUUCACCUCGGCAUGGCUCGCUCCCAUCGUCGCCAAGGGCAACAAGCUCUUCGACUCGGAGACUGGUCUCGAAUUCCGCAUCAAGGGGAUGGCCUACUACCCGCGACCCAACAGUGGCGAAAUGGCAGACGUCACUAACUACGACUGGGCGGCUGACGAGCACGAAGAUGUGUGGAAACCUCACCUCGAGGUCAUGCAGGACCUCGGAGUGAACACAAUUCGGCUGUACUCAGUCGAUCCCAGUGUGUCACACGACAAAUUCAUGUGUGCGUGUUCCCAAGCUGGAAUCUACGUGUCUGUGGGCAUGGCUGCACCUUGCGAAGGCUGCUCCGUGGCUGAUGUGGCCGCCCCGAAAUGCUACCCAGACGACAUGUUCACACGCAUGCAAAUGGUGUACAACGCCUUUGCAGUGUACGACAAUACGCUGCUUUUCAGCGUGGCUAACGAGCCCAACCUCAUCUCUGUGGACGGAGACUCAGGAGAAGCAGUCAUGCCCUGCAUUAAGGCUAUGAUCCGGGACAUCCGGGAGUACGCUGACAGUUGUGUGGGCAGCUUGCGAGAAGUCCCGAUUGGGGUGGAGAUGGCGGAUAUCCCACCGAGAGCGCAAUGGCUGCAGUACUUUGACUGUGCAGCCAGCAAUGAUAGUUCGAGUGGCAGUGGAGACGCCUACGAACGAGCUCAAUGGAUGGGGUUCAACCCGUACGUCGAGUGUGAUCCCACUGGACACACGGAGUAUUCGCAGUCGACGGGGUUAGUGACGCUUAUGAAGGACUACAAGGACGCAGCGUAUCCGCGUCCCAUCAUGUUCGGCGAAUUCGGCUGCAACACGGGAGACAACACUAUGGAUGAAUACGAGAAUCAGCGCACAUUUUACGAUGCCAAGUGGAUGAAUGAAGAGGCUGAUAUGACGGAGGAAAUUGUGGGUGGCAAUGUUUUUGAGUUUUCAACCGAAAUUGCCAACCUCGAGGGGGAAAAGGAGCUGACGAAGAAAGCGGAUAAAGGCAAAUACGGUGUGGGGUAUUUCCAACCGGACGAUUGUGACAACGAAAACACGACGUGCGAGUUCACGGCUUACCCUGAAUACGACAACCUCAAAGAGGCUUACACGACCACCAAGAAUUCGACUGUCGAAAUGGAUUCAUUCACACCAACCAGGACGUCCGCUCUCAAGUGCCCAUCCGGUCUCUCAAUGGAUCUGCCAGAAACGCCCGACGUUGAAACUUUGUCAUGCUCCGUUGCACAGCCAAUGUGUGACGGCCAGAAGUCCAACGACUUUGACUCCAGCACACUAGCCGAUCUCAACGAGGGCAAAACAGCGUCAUCGUCGACAGCUAGUGGCUCUUCGGCGUCUGCAAACGACAAGGAGAGCGCUGGUGCGCGCACCUCACCAGUCGAAGCUUUCGCGCUGCUUUUAACGGCGUUCCUGACACUACAAUUGAUGUAGAAAAAAAAUGUAUUAUCAAAACUUUGUCUUUCCUCGGCAUGAUCCGGAGAUUUUCAAGAUUCCUUAC